GAGCUCCUACUUUCAUUAUUAAUGAAAACAUUAUUGUCUAAAUUUCUAUAAUUAUUUUUAUUCCCAAUAUUCAAUUUCUAGAACAGAGGACAACAGUACAAUUUAUAUUCGAGGAGAUAUACAGAUUCUAUAAUUCCGUUUUCAGUCUUCCAUUCGUAGAAAGAACUGCAGUAUUGCGAUUCUCACCAGAGGAGGGGAGAGGAAAGGGCAUAUUUCGCCGCGGAUGCAUAGCUCGAGUUCUAUGCACUGUCUGUCUGCCAAGCUACACAACAAACAUAGAUCAAAUUUACCUUCAAGCAGAUGCUUAGCUGAACAGCAGAUUCACAGAUCGGCCUUUCGUUUCUUAAGUAGCUCCAGAGAAAAUGUACGCCAUAUGACCAUUAAGAACUACCAGCGAACCACAUCUUUCUCGCCCUCUUAAUAUCUGCUAAUUCGCAUGCAGACGUAGAACGCAUUCUCUGGAAUUUGCACGAUACUUCAAAUCCACAACCGCCCGCUUGCUCAAUGAUCUUCAUUGUGCCGACUCACACGACAAUUGCAAUCUGAAAUCUCAAAUCAACGCUCACGGCCCUCGAUAAAUUUUACGAUGGACGCUAUUGUUCAGGAAUGGGGCGUCCCACUACAAGAACCAGAUGACUGUGAUAACCUCAAAUACCUUACGGAGGUCAAAAAGGAAAUUAUAAAGAAUGGAAUCGUUCGCCCGACGGGAUAUAAUGUUUCGUUUCACAUGAAUCCCAUGGUCGAGAAACAUCAUUUCGGCAGAAGUCAUCCCAUGAAGCCGUGGCGUUUGACUCUAGCAAAAGGGUUGAUUAUGGCAUACGGUAUGCACGUCGCUAUGGAUACUUAUGUUUCACGGAAAGCAACCCAGGCGGAACUAGAGGAUUUUCACACUCACGAAUAUCUUGAAUAUCUAAAGACUGCCAAGGUAGGUCUACCAGACGAUGAUGAGAAUAAACCAUACAACCUUGGUAGUUAUGACUGUCCUGUUUUUGAUGGGCUUUUCAAUUACUGCUCGAUGUACUCGGGUGCAUCGAUUGAUGCUGCUCGGAGCCUGUGCGACGGGACGUCAGAUAUUGCCAUAAACUGGUCUGGAGGCUUACAUCAUGCCAAAAAGGCCGAAGCUUCAGGAUUCUGCUAUGUGAACGAUAUUGUUCUUGCCAUACUUCAACUUUUGAGAAAAGUUCCGAGGGUUUUGUAUAUCGAUAUAGAUGUUCACCAUGGGGAUGGUGUAGAAGAAGCCUUUUGGUCAACAGGUCGAGUUAUGACAGUUUCAUUUCACAAAUAUGAUCCACAAAAUUUCUUCCCUGGAUCGGGCGCUUUAGAUGAUACUGGCCCCAAACAUGAAAACAACCAAGGCGCUCACCACGCCGUUAACGUCCCAUUGAACGAUGGCAUCGAUGACGAGCAAUAUUUAAGGGUAUUCAAGCAAGUCAUCUCGAAAUGUAACGAAAAGUUCCGCCCAAGUGCCAUAGUCCUUCAAUGUGGAGCCGAUUCACUUGCAGGGGAUCGCAUUGGGACAUUCAACAUUCUUGUCCAGGGCCACGGCGCUUGUGUUGAAUAUGUCAAGAGUUUAGGUAUACCUCUUAUGCUUGUAGGCGGAGGCGGUUACACACCCCGGAAUGUUGCGCGUGCUUGGACACAUGAGACCAGUAUCGCAAUAGGUGCAAAGUUACAUGAGGAAAUCCCAUUGCAUACACCUUACCGCAAUCAUUUCCGAGAUCAAUCCCUAUAUCCAGACCUGACCGAGUUGCUAAGUGCCAAGGGCCAAACCCAAAGCCGAAGGAAUCAUAAUUCAGAGAAAAAGAUUAACGAAAUUGUGUCGAGCAUUCACGAACAGCUGCGCUUUGUAGAACAUGCACCGAGUGUACAAAGCCAGCGAAUCCCACCCGAUUUGGCAGCAUGGAAACAAGAUGUUGAGGACGAGAUUCGCGAGAGGAGGGAGCAAGAAGAGUCAUAUAGGCUGCAGAGAGAAGAGGGUUUGGGAAUCCCUGGAGAGUAUGCUUAGCACAGGACUUUCGGAUGGUGUAUGAAUAGCUCGCACAUGGGCGUAUGGCAAAUUCGGUAUUUAUGGCGUUAGGAUAGUGCAAGAUGUACGAAGAUCAUAUCUGAGCUUCCGGUUGCGGCAUUUCUGAUAGUAUUGGAAAGCAGGGAAGGACACGGCAGUCAUGGCCACGACAAAAAAGCGGAUGUUUGAUGGCAGCAAAACUGUGAAUAGGUCCAAAUUUUAAAAGUGCAGAUUAAAC